AUGUCGGAAAAGGGUAGACUUCAAGGGAAAACCUGCAUCAUCACAGGUGCUGGACAUGGCUUCGGUGAGACGAUGGCCAAAGCAUUUGCAAGGGAAGGUGCCAAAAUCGUCGUUGCCGAAAUCAACGCCGAUCAGGGUGUCCGAGUCGCGAACGAGAUCCAGUCCGACCGGGCUGAAGAGACAGCCAUUUUCCAGCAGACAGAUGUCACAAAGAAAAGCUCGUGGGAACAAGUUGUCAAGCGAGCUUUAGAGGCAUUUGGCAGAAUUGACAUCGUGGUCAAUAAUGCAGGGACGACAUAUCCAAAGAAAGACUCCCAUACGGUGACAGAAGAUGAGUGGGACACUGUUAUCAGCGUCAACAUGAAGUCCAUUUACCUCUGUACUGCUGUUACUGUUCCUUAUUUCUUGGAGCAGAAGGCCGGCGUUAUCCUCAACAUCAGCUCGGUCGGUGGAAUCCGAGUUAAGAAUGGUUUAGUGUGGUAUGGAGGGUCUAAAGCUUUUGUGAACAAGAUCACCGAAGGUCUGGCAUCCGAGUAUGGGCAUUCUGGAAUUCGAGUGAAUUCUAUCUGCCCGAUUCUUGGGUACACAAAUCUAGCCCAGUCAUUCAUGGGUGUGGAAGACACUCCUGAAAAUCGUGCGAAAUUCGAGUCCUCGUUGCCACUGGGCAAAGCCCUGCAAUCCAAUACUUCCCUCGGAUAUGUUGCGAAUGCAGCCAUUUACAUGUGCUCUGAUGAAGCUGCGUUCGUCAGUGGUAUCAAUUUGCCGGUCGACGGAGCAGCAACUGUGUACGCACCAGGUGUUGGGAAGUAG